UACGUGCUUCUCUCCAAAACAUUAGGUAACAUCGAUGGCAGCCUUUCUCUACUUUCACGGCCUCAAGAAAACAUCAACAGUGACGCCAAAUAAUUAUAUCUCAGUGCACAACCUUUUACGUGUUCUCUUUUAAAGGAAAUACCUACCUACCAACAACCUAGCCUUUACUUCUUCACAAAGACACAUGAAAUUCAAACGAGUUACGAAUCCAUAAUUGUUCUGUAUUUGUAUCGUUCGAAUUCAUGAAUACCCAGAAUUUCAGCUCUGUUAUAUGAACACAGUAUAAACUGGGUGUUCGAAGGAUAUGGGUAGCAGUGUUAGUUUUGACACAUGGCAUACAGUGGUGGUGGGUGUGUUUGCAUGGAGUGCAGUGUUCGUUGUUCUGAGAAAGAUGAUAGGGAAUAGGUCAUUUGACUUCUGCAACAGACUUGUAUCUAUGGUACAUGUGGGUGUGGCUAUUUGGCUCUCAUCAGCUUCUAUUAAGGACUGGAGGCAUCCCCUGCACCCUUUGGCUUCUCCUUCUUCCCCGUUACAGAUUCGAGCAUUAGCAGUGAGCCUUUCCUAUUUCAUUUAUGAUUUCAUUUGUUGCCUCUUUGUUACUCCCAUCAGUAUUUCAAAUUGCAUCCAUCAUACAGUCAGCAUAUUGGGUCUUCUUGGAGGAAUAUCUUAUGGUGUGUGUGGGUCAGAGUUGGUUGGAUGUUUAUGGCUGAUGGAGAUAUCAAACCCCUUUAUGCACAUGAGGGAGCUUCUCAAGGAGCUUAAUUACAAGGACUCAAAUUUGAGUCUCAUAAAUGACAUAUGCUUUGCCCUCAUUUUUAGUUUUGCUAGACUCAUCAUGGGACCUUAUGUUACAUAUUACACUUUGACAGCAAACAAUCCCUUCAUUAUUAAGGCAACAUCAUUUGGCUUACAGGCGGUCAGUAUCUUCUGGUUCUACAAGAUAGUCAGAAUGGUCUUCUACAAAUUAUCUAAUAGAAACUGGAAGGAAUCAAAAGUUUCUUAAGUAGAUGUAAUAAAUUGCAUUAUGGAACGGUCCUAUUUAGAAACUUAUUAUGGUCUAUCCAUAGCCAAUUUGUUUAACUCUUACACACUUGUUAAAAAAAUGAUCUUGUCAGGUGGUCAAAUCAAUCAGAAAAGCAAAAAAAAAACCAAAUUUAUAAAAGUUGACGGUAGUUUCUGCGUUUCUGCAUUUCUGCAUUUCAUGCUGAAAACAAUAUAAAAAUACACCUGCUUAUUAUUUGUUAAACUGAAAAAUUUCUGCAACUUAAAACU